AUGUCACUUUCUUCUAUGGUUGACGAAAAGGGCACUACAGCCCAUCACGAGAUGGCGCUGACGAACAACUCCAUAAACGAAUUGAGCCAGGCUGAAAGAGUUGCUUCUUUGAUGGACAAGGCCAAGCAGGCCACCAAUGCCGAGCACGAUAUGACGGUGAAAGAGGCAUUGAAAUACCACAAAAAGGCCAUUUUCUGGUCAAUGGUGAUGUCGGCCACCAUCAUUAUGGAGGGAUACGACAAUAUUUUGAUGUCUUCGUUUUUUGCGUAUCCAUCUUUUCAAAAAAAAUACGGAGUUCCGGUCGGCGAUGGGAAAUACGAACUUCAAGGAAGAUGGCAAGUUGCUUUGGGAUGUGCUUCUUCUGUUGGUACGAUUUUUGGAGUUUUUGCCAAUGGGUACUUGAUUGAAAAAUUCGGCCAUCGCCGAACAAUUAUGGGAUCAUUGGUGGUUAUGUCUGCUUUCAUUUUUGUGACUUUUUUUGCACCCUCGGUCGAGGUGUUGUUGGCGGGUCAAAUCUUGUGUGGACUCCCAUGGGGUAUCUUUGCAACUAUGGGUCCCACUUAUUCUUCAGAAGUUUGUCCCUUGGCUUUGAGAGGCUAUCUUACUGCUUAUGUCAAUAUGUGCUGGGCAAUUGGUCAAUUUAUUGCAGCCGGAGUUCUUCAAGGUUUGGUUUCAAAUACCACCGAAUGGUCGUACCGGAUCCCUUUUGCGAUCCAAUGGGUUUGGCCGGUUCCUCUUUUCAUCUUGACGUUUCUUGCUCCAAAUUCUCCAUGGUGGUUGGUGAGACAUGGACGAAUUGAAGAUGCCGAAAAAGCAGUCAAAAGACUCAGUGCCAAGUCAAUUGCUCACGAAGCCAAGCCCAGAGUGGCCCUUAUGGUGCACACCAAUGCUUUGGAAGUGGAGCAGGAAAGCCAAAAAGACGACGAUUUCAAAGGAUGGAAAAGUUACCUUAUGGUUUUUAAGGGCACAAAUCUUCGGAGAACAGAAAUCGUCUGUAUUGCAUUUGCUGGUCAGGUGCUUUCGGGUUCCACUUUUGCAUAUUCUCCUUCCUACUUUUUCUCCCAGGCUGGUUUGGAUUCAAAUGAUACUUACAAGUUGAAUCUUGGUACCACCGGUAUUGCGUUUUGUGGCUGUAUUGGGUCGUGGUUUUUGCUUUCUCGGUUUGGAAGAAGAACCAUUUAUUGUUCCGGAUACCUCGUAUUGGUGGUGGUUCUUUUCCUCAUUGGUAUCUUGGCAAUCCCAGCAGAACAUAACUCCACAGUAAAGUGGGUCCAGGCUACGUUCACAGAAAUUUGGGUUGCAACCUAUGCCUUAACAAUUGGGUCCUUUGGCUUUCACAAUUGUCAGUGA